GGAAAGAUAUGAAUCCUGGUGAAGAUGAAUACUUUCUCCUUCACCUCCCAAACCUCUCUAACACCCCCUUACAACCUUCAAAAUCCUUGCCUUCUGAUGAUUUGCGCAACUUUCGUCUUCUCCUCAAGUGGUGCGCUUUGGAUCACUCCUCCUCUUGUGGUAAAGCUGUGUCCUAUAUGAUGUUUGUAGUCUUCACCUUACUAGUCCCUCUCAUAAGUUGUCUGUUUAUCAAAACUCCUAGAAACCGGCCUUCAGCAGUUAUGGAUGCGAACUCUUUCAAUGUGCUCGUCCAGUUUCCAGAGUCUGGACUUGCCGUCAUUGGUUUCUUGACUCUAAUAUGUUUCUUCAGAAUAUAUAGUCUCACAAAGCUUCUGUUUCUUGAUGAUUCUACCUUGGUGAGGCUUGGAUAUUCACGAGAACUUGACAAGGCCUUACGUUACCUAGCCUACAUACUUGUACCGUCUUUCCUUGUGGAACUUGUGCAUAAGAGCAUAUUUUUCUACUCCGCCGAAGUAUCAUUUCCUUUCAUAAAGUCAUCUUGUGCUGCAUUGAACUUUGUGAUGUUCUUCCUCGUCUUAUUUUCAUGGGUUUACCGGACAGGAGUGUUCUUGCUUGUUUGUAUCUUGUUCCGGUUGACCUGUGAGCUGCAGAUACUGAGGUUUCGAGGGCUUCACAAGCUGUUUGAUAGAUGUGGAUCAGACACCAUAGAAGAUGUAUGCAAGGAACAUGUGAGGAUCAAGAAACAAUUGUCGGCUACAAGUCACAGAUACAGGUUCUUCAUCAUCACCGCCUUUGUUGUGAUAAGUACCAGUCAGUUUGUGGCCUUAUUGUUGGUUCUUGCCUCAAAGUCUGAAAAGAGUUUCCUCAGCUCUGGUGAUUUGGUGGUAUGUUCUGCAGUACAGCUAAGUGGAUUCUUCUUGUGCUUGUUGGGUGCUGCAAGAAUCACACACAGAGCUCAAGGAGUAGUGUGUAUUGCAACAAGGUGGCACAUGGCUUUGACAUGCGCUUCUGAAGCCGUAUCACCCGAAAGUGACACUGACUCAUCCGACAACAUAUACAUCAAUGUGUCACCGUCACUGGAUCUAUCUUCCUUCUUCCAGGCUAGGCAAGCUCUAGUGGAAUAUUUGCGACAUAACAACAAGGGGAUUACACUCUAUGGUUAUGCACUCGAUAGGGGACUGCUUCAUACGCUCUUUGCAUUUGAGUUCUCUCUGGUGAUGUGGAUCCUGAGCAAAGUCGUGGUUCUAUCUUAGAAUUCAUUAAGGUAUUUAUGAGACAACAAAAGACGCUGCAAAAGCUUCUCGUGAAGCCUGACUUUUCGAAAGAUGGAUGCUCUGAUUGAUGCACAACACUUGGUCACCGGUGUUUGACCAAACAAAAAAAAAACUUGAUCACUGGUUUAACAGACAGAACCGGGUUAUUGUCCUGUGGCGUUGUUGGAUUUGAAUGUUUGAUGAACAUCAUAAAUGUUGGUUGCUCCAACUGUAUCGCUUUUUCUUUAUUUUAGUAUUUGUCCCUUUCUCUGCCAU